GGACGGAGCAAUCUAUCAAGUAAUCCGACAAGAAUCCGUUAACACCGCUGUGAGUCGACAAGAACACUUUCCUCCUUCCCGGCGGGCCGGGCGGCUGAUCUAUAAAUCCACGGGAUUUGCCUUCUUCUCUUCAUCAAAAUCAAAAUGCACGGUCCUUCCAAAAAAAAUCGAAAUCCACGGGAUUUCUAGCUGAAUGCGACUACGCGAAUCUGGUACGCAGCGACAGCUCGGCGAAAUCGGCGCUCAACUCCUCGCGCCGCCCAGCAAAGAGUCCACACAGCCAGCCAAGAAACCGGAUCCCGAACCAAGAAUCCCACCCCACCCCCCGGCGAUGUCGGCGUCAGGCGGCGAGGAAAGGGACCGGUGUCGGCCGGUGGUGCUGGUGACGGGGUGCUCGGCUGGCGGCAUCGGGCACGCGAUGGCGCGCGCCUUCGCGGCGGCCGGGUGCGCCGUCGUCGCCACGGCGCGGUCGCGCGGCUCCAUGCGCGACCUCCAGGUCGACCCGCGGUUCCUGCUGCUGGAACUGGACGUGCGGUCCGAAGAGAGCGCGCGCGCCGCCGUGGCGGACGCGCUGCGGGAGCACGGCCGCAUCGACGUGCUCGUCAACAACGCCGGGGUCCACCUCGUCGCGCCGCUCGCCGAGGUGCCCAUGGAUGCCUUCCACCAGGUCUUCGACACCAAUGUCUAUGGUACAAUGAGGAUGAUUCAAGCUGUUAUUCCUCACAUGAUGGAAACAAGGAAAGGUACAAUUGUGAAUGUUGGAAGUAUUACUGCUUUGGCACCUGGACCAUGGGCUGGUGUGUAUUCAGCAUCAAAAGCUGCUCUUCAUGCAUUGAGCGAUUCAAUGAGGGUUGAACUAAGAAGCUUCGGCAUAAAUGUGAUGAUUGUUGCCCCUGGAGGAACAAAAUCGAAUCUUGGGAAUAAAUCUGCAGCUAAGUAUGAUCAAAUCAAUGAGUGGAAGUAUUACAAGAAGUACGAGGAGUCGCUCCGAGCCAGGACUGAUGUUUCCCAGGGCCCUGGGUCUACUCCAGCCGAAGAGCUUGCAAAGAAGGUGGUUGCGCUGGCCCUGAAGAAGAACCCUCCCGCUCUGUUUGCUUACGGCCAGUUCACUGCUAUUCUGUCCAUGCUGUAUUACGCGCCGCUAUGGUUUAGAGACUACUUCUACAGGCUGGUCAUGAAAUGCUAGUGCCUGAGGCCCAGUUCAGUCCGUAGUUCUCACAUACAGUAUAGUAUUUAGUAUAUUUGUAACAGAAAUUUAUACACGUUGAUAUGGACAGCUCUUCUUUUUUUUGGUUGCAAGUGAAAAGCUCUCCUGGUUUCUGUGUCAUGGCUGUGACAAUGAGAACAUGGUUAAUGUAGAUUCGUAGCUGCACAAGUAGCUGCUUUAAUAUGCUGAUACUCUUGAAUUU